AUGGCAGAGGAGGAAGGCACCGGAGAUCUCUCAUUCUCCCUCCGCCCCUUCAAAAUCGAAGACGCCGACGACGUCAUGGCGUGGAAGGGAGACCCUCGCGUGGCGGCAUUCUGCCGGUGGGACGCUUACACCACCCGCGACGAGGCGGUUGCCUUCAUCCAGGACUUCGCCAUCCCUCACGAAUGGUGUCGCGCCAUCUGCGUCGCCGGCCGGCCGGUCGGAUGCGUCUCCGUCACGAUCGGUAAGGAUCAUGCCCGGUGCCGUGGGCUGCUCAAGUAUGAGCUCGCCCACGUCUGCGGGGGAAAGGGCGUGGCCACCUCCGCCAUGAGGCUGGCUGUUCCGGCCGUCUUUCGGGAAUUUCUGGGUCUGGAGGGUGUCGAGGCGAUGCAGAAUAUAGUUGAUUUGGUGUAUUGGGCAACACCAAUCUUCUUCCACAAAUCUCGCAACACGAUCAGGGUAUUGGAGAAAUGUGGAUUUCUCAGGGAGGGUAUCCUCAGAAGGUACGUGGUUGCAAAGGGCAGGCUCUUGGAUUUGGUCAUGUUCAGUGUUCUCUCUGAAGAAAUUCAACCAUGA